GAGUUUUUCCCCGGCUGUGGGAAACGUUUAGCGCUAGGUUGGGCGAAGUUGGCCUCACGCUGGAGAAGCACUGGCAGCUGACCAAUCCCGAGCGAGGCUCGGGCGGAGUUUUGCGCCGUGCUCCGGCAGAGGCGGGACUGAGGCGGAAGGAAGGCUAUUGCACUAUAAAGGAAAAUGUCUUUUUUUUCAAAAAUAUUACUGCAACCAGAAGUUGAAGAAUACCUUGGGAACGUGUUUAGAAAUAAGGAGCUCAUAAGUGCUUUAGGCACUCUGGAAGCAGAGAGGAAAUAUGAAUCUCUGUUAAAUUGUCUAUCUCAUCCUCCAGCUUUCACAACUGUUAGAGUUAACACUCACUUGGCUUCAGUGAAACAAGUGAAAAAUCUGCUGUUUGAAGAGAUCCACAAGCAAUUUAAAGGUCUUAGUGUGCCAAUUCUUCAGCACCCAGAACUCCAGGACAUCUUACUCAUUCCUGUCAUUGGACCCAGGAAGGAUCUACAAAAGCAAUCAUCUGAAGUCAUUGUUGGAGCCCAGUGUGGAAAUUCAGUGCUACGAGGAGCGCAUGUCUUUGUUCCAGGAAUCAUAUCUGCUUCAAAAUUUAUGAAAGCUGGAGAUGUGGUCUCUGUAUACUCUGAUAUUGAAGGAAAGUGUAAAAGAGGAGCCAAAGAAUUUCUGGGAACCAAAGUUUUUAUUGGAAAUGGGAUUUCUGAAUUGAGUCGCAGUGAAAUCUUCAGUUCAGGUGGCUCACUCAAAGGAAUAGGUGUAAGAAUGACAGACCCAGUCUACCUUAGUCCUUCGUUGGACAAUGUGCUGUCCAGUUACUUGUUUUUGCAGAACUUGCCCUCUGCAGUUGUAAGCCAUGUUUUAAACCCUCAGCCAGGAGAGAGAAUUCUGGACAUGUGUGCUGCACCUGGGGGAAAAACAACCCAUCUUGCAACAUUAAUGCAUGACCAGGGUGAAGUGAUAGCCAUGGACAAGAUAGCUAACAAAGUCAAAAAAAUCAAGCAGAAUGCAGCAUUGUUGCAGCUGAAUUGUAUUAAAGCAUUUUGCUGUGAUGGAACUAAGGCACUUGCCAUUGGGAAGAAAGAAGAUGGACAAGAAGGCCCUCCAUUCUCAGCAGAGUCAUUUGAUCGAAUUCUUCUUGAUGUUCCUUGUAGUGGGAUGGGACAGAGACCAAAUAUGGCCUAUUUCUGGACUCUAAAAGAAGUGACGUCUUAUCAGCCAUUGCAACGCAAGCUUUUCAGCAUGGCAGUGAAAUUGCUGAAGCCAGGGGGCACUUUGGUGUAUAGUACAUGUACAAUUACACUGUCUGAAAAUGAGGAGCAGGUCGCCUGGGCCCUGGAAACUUUUCCCUGCCUCCAGCUUCAGUCACAGGAACCACGUAUUGGAGGAGAAGGCAUGAUGGGAGCUGGAUUGUCACUUGAUCAGCUGAAGCUGCUGCAGAGGUUUGAUCCAUCCAGUGUGACGUCACGUGGAAUGGAUAUUAACUCUUUGCAGGAUUCCAGGGAAGAAGACCUGAUCUUGCUGGCAAAUAAAGACUGUAUAGGAUUUUUUAUUGCAAAAUUUAUUAAAUUGAACAGCAAAUAGACAUUUAGCAACACAACCUGAAAAAGCACCUUUUGAGUUAACAGUUGGACCAUUCUUAACUGUUUCUUCUCAUGCAUUGUUGUCAAGCCAACAGGCUGAUGACAUGGUUGCUAUAGAAGCAGUAAAAUCUCCCAGCUGUUCUACUGGGACAGAGCCACAGAUUUGGAACAAGAAAGUCACAGUUGCAGGAGGUGUUGAUUCAUUUUUAUGUCUCCAUUAGCUUUUGUAUUUAUAGUAGGUCAGUGGCGGAAGGAAAGGUAAAUUCAGAUUACUGUUUGUUGACUUAGUAAUCUAAAUGUGCAAUACUGUACACUGCUUGUUUUCUGUUUUAACUUGUUGCUUUAAUGUGUACAGUAUUGCAUAGGAAGAGAUUUUGCUGUGGGAAUUUAAAUUCUAUAAAAUGCAAAAAAAUCCAGAUUAAAUACAUUGACAAAUAUAAAGUCAAAUUUUGUAAAGAAUGAUAGUUUCUAUAGGGAAUUUAGAAAUUACUGCAUCAUUAAAUAAAUAGUGAUAUGAAAUAGUCGCAUUUCACAAAGAGCUGUUUUAUAAAUUAAUAAUUAUAACAUCUCAUCUCCUUUAUUUUACUAUAAGCGAGAUUCUCUAUUCAUAUUAUAGACACACAAUACAAUAGACUUUGU